UAAAUUUGUUAGCGCCACGCUACGCCACCCUCUCCCCCCCUUCCCCCCUCUUUCUUUCCACCACGACCGUGGUGCGCAAGUGUGCGCAACUUAACCUUUGUAAACAGUGAAACGGGCGUGUUGUGAUUCUUGCUGCUUUUAGCAAGAAAGUUACAUUUGCUGUGCAUGCUCGUAUUAUUUGACUAACCUGUUUUGGAGUAUGCCAAUUAAGACUUUCCAACUUGGAAGAAGAAUUUAUAAGAUACUAAGCUCUUUCAAAGCUUCUGUUCUGGAACCAUUGACUUGGAGCCCAAAGUGCUCCCCAAAUUUUCCUUUGAAAAUGACAACUGAACAAGAAAAUAAUGAUGUUGAUAUUUUUGUGCCACCUUCAACUGUGAAUGGCAUGAAGAUUUUGGAUAAGAAACAAUUCUCUAAAACUGUCUAUGUUCCUCAUAUAAUUGCAUCAAUAGACAAUCUUCCAAAAGUUCUUAAGGUUGUCAAAAAAUAUCUUCUUAAAGUGCCCAAUUGCACUCCAGUAGAAAGUAUAGAUGGAACAUCUCAAAAGAAAAUUCUUCUUGAUCCCACUAAAUUUAAAAAUUGUUUGGAGGCAAGUGAAAGAGAGAAACUGGAAAAUGUUGGUAUUAAGGAAGAUGAUGUUAAAAUGUGCAGUAUUAAUUUGACAUAUGAUAACUGGACUGCUGAAAGUAUUUUGAAAGCAGUACUCCCUGCAGAUCAGGAAGGUGUUGCCAGCUGGUCAAUAAUUGGGCACAUUAUUCAUGUGAAUUUGCGAGAACAUUUGCAUGAUUACAAGCACUUAAUUGGCGAAGUACUGCUUGAUAAGAAUAAAGUACUGUCCGUUGUUAAUAAAGUUAACUCCAUUGACUCAAAAUUCCGUACAUUUCAAAUUGAACUCUUGGCAGGAAAGGAGGAUUGGCUUACUCAAGUCAAAGAGAAUCAUUGUACUUAUCAUUUUGACUUCUCAAAAGUAUAUUGGAACCCCAGAUUAUGUGGAGAACAUGAAAGAAUUGUGAAAGAUCUUCAGGCUGGUGAUGUCCUUUAUGAUGUAUUUGCUGGUGUUGGUCCAUUCUCCAUACCAGCUGCUAAGAAACAUUGCAGAGUUCUUGCUAAUGAUUUAAACCCAGAAUCAUUUAAUUGGCUGAAACAUAAUGUGAAAGUUAACAAAGUAACUGAUGCAGUAACUGUUUUCAAUAAAGAUGGAGGAGAGUUUAUCCGGGAAGAUAUCAAGACAGAUUUGUUAAAGAGAUGGGCAGCAUCUGACUUUAAAAACAUACAUAUAACCAUGAACUUGCCUGCAAUGGCUGUGGAGUUCAUCAAAAACUUUAAAUGUCUUUUUUCUAUUGAGGAAAAGACAUCUAAUUUUGUUAGCCCCAUUGUGCAUGUAUAUUGCUUCAUUAAAAAUGCUGAGGAUUCAUCAAAAGCUGCAAAGGAUCUUGUAGAGGUUGAAUUAGGCACAGAAUUGGGUGAUAACCUGAAAAGGGUGUUUCUUGUUCGAACUGUGUCCAACAAUAAGGACAUGAUGAGAGUUUCCUUCACACUACCAGAGACAAUUUUAUUUGGCACUCAAUCAGAGGAUGGAGAACCUACUGCGAAGAAGGCUUGUCUGCGGGAUGAUGUGGAAACCUCUCAAAGUUGA